AUGGGCCGCUCGCAAUCGAAGGAGCAACCUCGGGCGAACAACCCGUGGGAGGCGGAGAUCGCCCGGAAGCAGCGCCGUGAACAAACGGUCAAGGAGGUGGUCGAGGAGCGCCGGGAGCAGGAACGGCGAGCUCGCAAGCUGAGAAAGCGAGCCGAGAAGGAGGCGAAGAAGCAGCAGAAGAAGAAACCGUCACGUAAUGGUGGCAAAAAGCACCGCAAGUCGAAGCUGGACGACCUGCGGGACACGGAACCGCCACCGAUCGUGCGCAAGUCCAAGGCCAAGCUCGAGGAAAGUGACUAUGAUUCGGAGGCGAAACGGCGGAUGCAACACCAGCUGGCGUUCAACAGUGAUAUCUUCGUGCUCAAUCAGCUGGUGCUGGGUGUGCAGUUCUAUGGGAACUUCGAAAGGGAAAUGUGGGAGGCUGUCGAACGAAAUCGCAAUGAGGAGAAUCGGCGGAACGGCAAAACGUCACGGCACUGUAAAACCGUUAUCCUGCCCGAUCGUUUGCUAGAAGCCGUGGAUAAACGUGUCAAAUUCUACGCCAAGCACGGAUUACUUAAAAACCAGCUACAACCACUGCAUACGCAGACCUGCUACGUGGUGCAUGACAACAUCGAGAUCACAAACCCCGGUGACAGCUCGGUGUACAGCAUCCUCACCGAUGCGCCCAUCUACAAGCUCGAGAUCGAGGACGCCCUCGAGGACAAGCUGAAAAGUGGGGCUGAUGGGGCCGUGCGGAAACGUCGCGGCAACUGUCACCACGGCUACAUCAAGCUCAAGAGUGUCGAGUUCAUCAAACCCAACAACCCGCCCACACUAGACCGAAUCUUACCGAACCGGCAAGGUAACGCGUACGGAGAAGAACCCGGCCCCAGUGGGUUGGGGCAGAAGUUCCGACAGGGCGUGGGCAGCACGAACGGGCUGAUGAAGGGCAACAGUCUUAGUGAAAGUGAUACUCUCGAGGAUGAAGACGACGAAGAUGACGAGGAUGAGGAGGAUGGACGAGGCGAGAACCGCUUCGCGAAGCUAAAAUUCCGCGACAGCAUAAUGGUGAAGUACCCGAAGAUGAGCAAUGGGAUGUAUGGGAAAAAGAUCGCGCAGACUGGGCUCGGGAAUGUCGGUGUUCCGUCGACCUCAACCAGCUCGACGUCACCGACGAGUAGCGAGUAUGACUACGCGUACAUCACCGCCAUCAACACGCACCAACCGCUGAGUGUGAUGCGAUCUGCAGGUGGUGACGAGGCUCCAGUGAGCACGACUGUUCUGCCGGACUACUGCAUCACGACGAUCAGCUGUGCGAUCGAGGUGAAUGAGGGUUACUACAGCGAUGACGAGUCUGAAGGAGCGUACAAGCUGAGCAACAUGUACCUCGCGAAAGCGAACGGUGGUGCAGGAGCAACGACACAGUCCGGUGGCAGAAGUAAACUAGGACAUCAUCUCGCACAUCCCCACAGUAACCUGGAGUACACGACCGAACGGAGGCAGUAUCUCAAUUCGAAGGGUUUCCUGGCGUACUUCGUGAACUUAUUCCAGGAUACGCUCGCCUCAGAGCUAGACAUUCCCGCUGAGGAUCUACGCAAUGCAACCUGGAAGGGGGCCGUCGUGUACAGUGGCCACUGGGAGAUCAUUCCGGCCAUCCUGUGUCCGUGGCCUCGCGAAGCUAUCGAGUGGGUACACCGGAAGCGUGACGUCAAGAUCAACCCUAUAACGCGCCAGAAGUUUCAGUGGCCCACGCAACCGAUGAUACAGAAGGUAAAGUCGUUCGGGUGUCACGUCAUCCCUAUCGGGUAUGCACCCAAGCAGGGUCAGAACCGAUACCGGCAGCUCGAGUGGAAGGUCGUGUUCCCGGAAGCGGAGCGUUACCUCGAGAGCUGUCUCACAGGGACGCAAAUUAAGAUCUACAUGCUAACGAUGCUGCUGUUGAAGACGUUCGUUGAACCGAACGUGGUGGCGGGCAUGAAUAUGUUCGGCAUGGAACACCUGCGAGCGCAUCUGUUCUGGCAGUGCGAAACGAACUACGCCGCUUGGCCGGAGGACUACCUUGGGGAGGCGCUGUUGCGCUUCCUAAACGCGCUGCUUGACCGUAUUAAGACGCAUACGCUGCCAGACUACUUCCUGCCGAGUCGGAACCUGUUCGAGAACGUGCCUGAGCGGGUUCUGGUCGAGCUACACAAGCGUAUCUUCCGCAUCACGGAGAACCCGGUGAUGCACAUGUUGAUCGCGCUUCGCAACCUCAAGCUACCAAGCGCCCGGUUGGCGUUCUACCCAAAGGUUCGCAUCAAGCGUCUUUACUCGUAUUUGGUGAUCGACAACCCGCUUAAGAUCGUCAACCCGAUGCUGCGUGAUGAGGACGAGAAUCUGGCCGCGGAGGACUCAGACGAGAAUGAGGUGAACGAGCGUGAAAUCGCGGUCGGUUCGAUGGCGUACUACAACCAGCAGGAGGUCGAGUCACGGCGCAAGAGGACGCGCAUCGUGCGGUUCCUUGUGGCUGAGCAGCUCAAGAAGGAACGCGCUGUACAGCCUGAGCGGCGUCCUUCAAUAGAAUCAAUCGACCUGACGUUCAUUUUCCAUCCCCAGUUUCUGCCCCUGAAGCACAUGGAGAACCUUCGACGGCAGCUGAUCUAUGGGCUGUUCAUCGAGCACUUUAUUGAGAUGGCACGCGUGUCUAGUGGUUUUCGCACGCUCAAUCAAGCGCUGGUGUAUCUCCGUCAGGCGGAACAUCUCUGUAACCUGCUCGCCGAUGAUGAGGGCAUCGAAGAAGCACGGCAGUUCCUCAACAAAAUCUACGGUCUGCGACAGGAGAUGGCCAGGGCAAGUGCGAAGGGAGCUGAUCGACCUGCGCUGCCUAAACGAACCAGUACCGGGGAACAGCGUGCCAUCCGGAAGGUAUCUGUGGCGAGACGUGGCAGCAAACGCACUACCUACACCAACGUCCGUCAGCCAUCGGCGAUGGCAGGUGGCAAACGGCAGCAGCAGCAGCAACAGCGCUUCUUCUCGCCCGACAACGAAGAGGACGAGGACGAGAUCGCGGAAUGGGAGGAUGUGGAGCGAGAGGAGGUACGGCGGGUGUCAAGGCCGCUACCUUCGACGCAAUCCGCGGGCGGGUUCCGGCGGCAGUCGUCCCAGAAACAGCAAGUCAGUGUACAGAUCCACGCACCAAAGUCACCUGCCGGACCUCGGAGAUCCAACGGACCGCGUAGUUCGUCCGAUGACGUCGACGACAUCUCUCGGCUGCUCGGGAAUGUUACGAUUGCACCCAAACAGGGCUACCGGUAGGGCAAUAGCAGAGAGAGAGGGUGAGGGAUAGAGAUAUGGUAGGCCCCGUGGUUCUUCGGAAGACAGUAACGACUAGCAGCUGACGAGAGCGCUGGUGGAGGUUAGAAAUACCUUUCUGUGAUAAAUGGGAACUGAGAUAGGGAUCGCAAAACUGCUGGCAAUUGCGCUACAGUUGAAAAUAUCGGUACCUCGAGACGCAUGCCCACUGUUCUAUGCCAUCUCAAAAAUACUGACUAAACACCGACGAGACAUGGUAGCAGUCGUAGGUACUUCAUAUAGCUGCAUUAUGAUGGUUGAAAACAUACAUAAAAUACAUUCAUCUGGUUUGA